AUGUCUACAACAACAACAUCUGCUGUUGGAGUAGGUUCUACAAACAAAACUACAAGCUCAACCACCGCUACUUCAAAUAGCACAACAACAAAAACAACACCAUCAUCACCACCCACCCCCACUACUUUAACAAAAGAAAAGAAAACCAUUGAAGAAAUGCCUGGUUUCUUUCCAUCUACUUUCAAAUCCAAUACCAUUCAGAUAAUAAACUAUAGUAAUGAAGCGUUGGUGGCACUGAUCAAGAUGGAUCCCAAUGCUCAUUACUAUAGUGAGGUAUCACUUGGUUUGGGCUCAAACAGUAGUACUACGAAUUCAGCAAUCAGUUCUCUGGGAGGUAUCAGCGGUACUCUCAAGAAAGACGUAAAACAGACGGCACCCAUUCAGAGAAUCAAUCUGAGAGUCGAGAAUAAAACACACGAUAUAGAUAUCGAUGGUAGUAAGGCAUACGUAUCAGUAUUCAAAUUAGGACAAACCGGUGAUCACUAUCUAGGUGUCAUCGAAGACCGACUAGUCAAAAAAGGAAAAGUACUGAAUAUCAAUCAAAAUCAUAUAACCGACCUAACAACACCGGGAUUCAAUAUAACACACUAUGAUUUACUUUUCAACAAGAUGAUAACUCCAUCUUCUUCUUCUCCGCAAUUGUCAUCUACCAAUUCGACGCCAAACACUUCAAAUUCCCCUUAA